AUGGCUGAUUACAAUGAGCCGCUUCUUUCUCAGGCGACGGAGGGCCAAUAUGACCAUGGCGACCAACUGCUUAUUCCAAGAAACAGGGCCACAACUGCCUCCUUUGUUGGCGGCGCAGGUGACAUUCCCCCAAUCAGAAACAUCCGUGACUUCUCCAGAGAGUUCGUCGCCGAAUCAUCCAAGCUCUGGCUCCUGGCGGGCCCCGCCAUCUUUACCUCCAUCUGCCAGUACUCCCUGGGCGCAGUCACGCAAGUCUUCGCCGGCCACGUCGGCACCCUCGAGCUCGCCGCCGUCUCCAUUGAGAACUCUGUCAUCGCCGGCUUCUCCUUAGGCACCAUGCUGGGCAUGGGAAGCGCCUUGGAGACACUAUGCGGGCAAGCCUACGGGGCAGGACAGCUGGAGAUGUUAGGAGUGUACAUGCAGCGAUCGUGGGUCAUCCUCCUUGCCACGUCAUUACUCCUCAGCCUGAUGUACAUCUUCGCCGCCCCGUUCCUCCUCCUGAUCGGGCAGACCGCGUCCAUCUCACGUGCCGCCGGCGUGUUCGCCAUCUGGAUGCUCCCGCAGCUCUUCGCCUACGCGAUGAACUACCCGAUGGCCAAGUUCCUGCAGGCGCAGAGCAAGAUGGCGGUUAGGGCCGGGAUCGGCGGAGCGGCGCUGGCAUUUCAUGCCGCCUUCAGCUGGCUGCUGGUGGUGAAGCUGGGGUGGGGUCUCGGCGGUGCGGCGGUGGUGCUGAACGCGUCGUGGUGGUUCAUCGUUGCGUCGCAGUUGGUGUACAUCGUGGGCGGGAGGUGCGGGAGGGCUUGGAGUGGGUUCACGUGGCAGGCGUUCCACAAUCUGUGGGGUUUCGUUAGAUUGUCGCUUGCGUCGGCGGUUAUGGUUUGCUUGGAGAUCUGGUACUUCAUGGUAUUGAUACUGUUUGCUGGAUACCUCAAGGAUGCUGAAGUUGCUGUGGCUGCGUUGUCCAUCUGCAUGAACAUUUUGGGAUGGACCAUCAUGGCGGCUUUUGGAAUGAACAUAGCCAUCAGUGUAAGAAUUUCCAACGAACUUGGAGCAGGUCAUCCAAGAACAGCAAAAUUCUCACUCACCGUUGCUGUGAUAUCGUCAUUUGUGGUUGGCAUCAUCCUCGCACUCGUUCUCGUUGUCACUAGAGAUUAUUACCCAUCUCUCUUCUCCAAUAAUUUGGCGGUGAAGCAGGUCGUAAAGGAUCUAACUCCUUUACUCGCUUUGUGCAUUGUCAUUAACAACGUUCAACCCGUUCUCUGCGGUGUGGCAAUUGGGGCUGGAUGGCAAGCAGUUGUGGCGUACGUGAACAUUGGGUGCUACUAUUUGUUUGGGAUUCCAUUGGGCUUGAUUAUGGGCUACAAAUUUCAUAUGGGCAUAACAGGGAUCUGGUUAGGUAUGAUGGCAGGAACGGUGGUACAAACACUUGUUCUUUACUGGAUGAUCUACAUAACUAACUGGAACAAGGAGGCUUCUAUUGCUGGAGAUCGGAUAAAGAAAUGGGGAGAAGACUGUCAUAACGAGAUCAUCGAUCACUAA